UGUCUUGGUUGUCUCAACUGUGAUUAAUAACGAUGACGUAGUUUUACUUCUUAGACAAAUGCGUUUACGGCAUCAGCCAGAUACAAGCGAACUCCCUCCGAUGCUCCUGACAGCCCGGGGUUGUUGUUGGCUCCCCCCGCCCUCCUCCUCUCCAGCAGAAAUCCGACUCAGGAGGAGAAUGGUAGCCAGCUAGCUAACGGUCAAAAACAGUUGGGUUUGCUCGUUUAACGCCGCUGGAUAUUUUGUCUCAACCAUGAAUUUACUACCAUCAAAUCCACACGGGAAUGGGCUUCUUUAUGCUGGAUUUAACCAGGAUCAUGGAUGCUUUGCUUGUGGAAUGGAGAAUGGAUUCCGUGUCUACAACACAGAUCCUCUCAAAGAGAAGGAGAAACAAGCCCUUUGUGUUUCAGAGUUCCUAGAGGGAGGAGUCGGCCAUGUGGAGAUGCUGUUCAGGUGUAACUACCUGGCACUAGUGGGAGGAGGGAAGAAACCAAAGUAUCCGACCAACAAAGUGAUGAUCUGGGACGACCUGAAGAAGAAAACGGUGAUUGAGAUCGAGUUCUCCACAGAAGUGAAAGCAGUGAAGCUUCGGCGUGACAGGAUCGUAGUGGUCCUAGACUCCAUGAUCAAAGUGUUCACCUUUACACACAACCCUCAUCAGCUGCACGUGUUUGAGACCUGCUAUAACCCCAAAGGUCUAUGUGUGCUGUGUCCAAACAGCAACAACUCUCUGCUGGCGUUCCCGGGAACGCAUUCGGGCCACGUGCAGAUAGUGGACCUGGCCAACACUGAAAAGCCACCUGUCGACAUCCCCGCUCAUGAGGGGGCGCUGUGCUGCAUUGCACUCAACCUGCAGGGAACCAGAAUAGCCACAGCAUCAGAAAAAGGGACGCUGAUCAGAAUCUUUGACACGUCUGCCGGGCAACUGAUCCAGGAGCUGAGGAGAGGAUCCCAGACGGCCAACAUUUACUGCAUCAACUUUAACCAGGAUGCAUCCCUGAUCUGCGUAUCCAGCGAUCACGGCACGGUUCACAUCUUUGCCGCCGAAGAUCCCAAAAGGAACAAACAGUCGAGCUUGGCCUCCGCCAGCUUCCUCCCCAAAUACUUCAGCUCCAAGUGGAGCUUCUCCAAGUUCCAGGUGCCAUCGGGCUCUCCCUGUCUGUGUGCCUUCGGAACCGAGCCCAACGCCGUCAUAGCCAUCUGUGCUGACGGCAGCUACUACAAGUUCCUUUUUAACCAGAAGGGGGAGUGCUCCAGAGACGUGUACGCCCAGUUCCUGGAGAUGACCGAUGAGAAAAUAUGACCCUCGUGACUUCCUGUUGAGCAACACGUUCUUGUUCUCUAUUUCAACUUUUUUUUGGCUUUUCAUUUUUUUCUCUGAGGAAAUUAGGAGAAGUCCUACUUUGCACUUCACCUCAUCUAUAGAGACUCUGAGAAACGCAGAGCGUCAGAUGAAGAGGACAAAGAAAACAAAGCACAGACUUUUUUUGUGGGGGAGACCUGCCAGCUUUACUCCCAAAGCAAACCCAUGGAGAUGAGGGAAAGUUUUUUUUUUUUUCCUGG